UUUGUUUUGCUAAAGAGCACUAUUUGUGAAAUGCACGUCGAGCAAAAGGUAAACAAAGCCAAGAAAGCGGAGAAAAAACAAAGACGUUGCUUGGCGAUUAUAAAAGCCGAUUGCAAUGUCGCUCCAAGUGAUGCGCCCACUCUCAACCUGGCCAUACUCAACGUUGGCCUCAGCAAUGGACUCACCGAAGAAGCGCUGCUCACCUCAGCUGCCGCAACAGGCGGUCAAGUGUCGCAGGUGCUGAUGCUGCCGUCGAAAUCCUAUUGCUUUAUAAGCUGUGCCACCUUGACGGAUGCACAGCGUGUGUUCGAGGGCAUGCACAAUGUGGCGACCAUUGGUCAGUUGGGCGCUGUCGCCUAUCUUAGCUAUGUUUUGCAAUUGCCACGGGAGAUUGAGGAGAACGGCUGGCAAAAGCCAUUACCAAAUGGACUCUUGUUGCUGUGUAACUUUAUCACUGAGGCGGAGGAGGCACUGUUGCUGCAGGCAAUUGCUAUUGAUGACGCUGGCGCUGCCUGCACGGAGGACACAUUGAAGCACAGGCACGUUAAGCAUUUUGGCUAUGAGUUUCUUUACGGCAGCAAUAAUGUUGAUGCCGCACAACCAUUGGAGCAGCCCAUACCUGCGGCAUGUGAUUUUUUGUGGCAGCGCUUAGACAGUACUAAAAUCUCAGGCACAUUUUUGCCUGAUCAAUUGACCGUUAAUGAGUAUGAGCCUGGUCAGGGCAUACCACCGCAUGUGGACACGCAUAGUGCAUUUGUGGACCCCAUUCUCUCGCUGUCUCUGCAAGCUGAUGUUGUCAUGGACUUUCGUCGUGGCAUUGAGCUGGUGCACGUGCUGCUGCCACGACGCUCCCUCCUGAUCAUGUCCGGCGAGUCGCGGUACGAUUGGACACACGGCAUCAAGCCCAAGCACAUCGAUGUGCUGCCCACGCCAGCUGGCAGCCUGACCACACAGGCACGAAACAAAAGAACAUCGCUCACCUUUCGGCGACUGCGUCGUGGUGCCUGUGAUUGUCAAUAUCCCAUGCUCUGUGAUACACGACAGACGACUACUCCACACGCAGUGACGGAUAAGCUGGCUACUCAUGCCAGCCAUCUGGAACAGCAGAAUGUCCAUGAAGUUUAUGAUAAAAUCGCUGAUCAUUUUAGCGAUACGCGUCAUACGCCCUGGCCGCAAGUUGCCGAGUUUCUGCAUAGCUUUGAGGCGUAUUCGGUGCUGCUAGAUGUGGGCUGUGGCAAUGGCAAGUAUCUUGGCUGUAAUCCACAAUUGCUAAGCAUCGGCUGCGAUCGGUCCCAAGGUCUGCUGGGCGUUAGCAACGGGCGUGGGCAAAGCGUCUUUCGUUGCGAUUGUCUGCAGCUGCCGGUGCGCAGCGCCAGCAUUGACGGCUGCAUCAGCAUUGCGGUCAUUCAUCAUCUGGCCAGCAGCGAUCGGCGGCUGGCAGCGUUACUGGAAAUGGCGCGUGUGCUGCGUCCUGGCGGUCGGGGACUCGUCUACGUUUGGGCCAAGGAUCAGCGAAAGAAUGACAAAAAGUCGUCAUAUUUGCGACAGAAUAAAGCCGUCAACAAGCAGCACACCACGGAGCAGGCACAGCGCCAAAAGUUGGCGCAACAAUUGGAAAACAUGGAGAUGGAUCAGCAGCAACAGCUGCAGAUGCAAGUGCCACUGCCUGUGCACACAAACCGCACCGAGUUCCAGCAACAGGAUGUCUAUGUGCCGUGGAAAACCAAAGAUAAACAGCGCACAACCUUUCUGCGUUACUAUCACGUCUUUGAGGAACAGGAACUGGAGCGUUUGGUGUCACAAGUGGAGGGUGUGGUACUCAGGCGAAGCUACUACGAUCAGGGCAAUCAUUGCGUCAUCUUUGAAAAGAGCAGCAAUUGAUAAAUGAGCUUUAAAAAAGUAAUUGAAAGUUACAAUUUACGGAUAAGUUUUCAAUAAAAACCUGAUGCAAUCA